AUGGAUCCAGACGCCAGUAUCCCCGGCGAUCCCGCGCCCUCCGUCUUCAACUACGUCCUCUCCUUCCUCCUCGUCGGCGUCGCAUGGGGCUUCACCACCCCCUUUAUCCGCCGCGCGGCCGCCGAUUUCAACGCGCGACAGGAGAAACAAUCUGCCAGCGCGACUUCCACCUCCGACCGCGGGCGGUCGCAUACACAAGCCCCAGUCGAGUCGGCGCUGAAUGGGGAAGAAGAGGAGCAGGAAUUGCUUCCUCAGUAUGAGCAGGAUGGCGAGGGGGUGAGGAGGAGGAGUGGGAGUCGUCAGCGUGAGGAGGCUGGACGUUUAGCUGGGGAGGGGCCGGAAGGGGAUGUAGAUGCUACUCCUGCGCCGGCGUGGAUGCAGUCUUCGGGUCAGCAGCAGUCUUGGGUAAAGGCGAAGAUUGUCUCGAUCUUUUGGACUGUUGUCAAUCUUCUUCGGACGCCGGCGUAUUCGAUUCCCUUGGUGAUUAACUUGACGGGGAGUAUCUGGUUCUUUUUGCUUGUUGGGAAGCAUGAACUCUCCCUUACUGUGCCGCUGGCCAAUUCAAGUGCCUUUUUGUUCACGGUGCUUGGGGAGUGGUAUGUCGAGCGCAAGGUCAUUGCCAAGGAGACAUGGCUGGGCUUGAUCCUGGUCCUUGGUGGAAUUGCUCUGUGUGUCCACUCGAAGAACCAGACAGUUUGA